AUCCCUGCUCCGGGGCUGGGCCACAAGGGGAACCCGGUGCCAGUCGAUGCUGGAGUUUCGACCGGGAGAAAUCGGCCAGUUAAAGCAUCAACACACUUAGGUGGUUAGCGGCGGCUUUAUUGAGCAACUCUCGGAAUCCCGGCUCAUUCAUUCAUUCAUUCAUUCAUUCAUUCAUUUGAUUUUAUUUACCCAUUUGACGAGAGAGAGAGCACAAGCAGGGGGAGCGCCUGGCAGAGGGAGAAGGAGAAGCAGGCUCCCCAGGGAGCAGGGAGCAGGGAGCCGGAUUCGGGGCUGGAUCCCAGGAAUCUGGGAUCAUGACCUGAGCCCAAGGCAGACGCUGAGCCACCCAGGCGCCCCUCAUUUUUUUCUUUUAAUAUUUGUUUGAUUUCCUUGCUUUUGUUUGGGAAGAAGUCUAAAAGCUAGUAUAACAGGCCAGAGGGGUCGGAUCUGAGCCAGACUGAGCAGGGAGGUGCAGAAGCAGGCUCAGGGAACCUGGAGUCCAGCCACGCUCCCCAGGCAUCCUACUGAGCCUGGCGGCUGAGAUACUCAGGCCAUGCCCUGUCCCACACCUUGGCAAAGUUUCUAAGUACCCUCCCUUCCUCUCAACUUGCUGUUCAGGUUUGGGGAACAAAGCGGUGGAAACAGAGGCCACACCGAAAUCUGCCCUAAAGAAAACCAUUUUUUAAACUCUCCUAGCCGUUUGGGCUUCGUUGAUAAGGUUUGACCUGUUUGUUCCAGGAAACGGCUUGAACUUUCAAGUUCUUUUUUUUUUUUUUUUUUUAAAGAUUUUAUUUAUUUAUUUGAGAGAGAAUGAGAGAGAGCACAUGAGAGGGGGGAGGGUCAGAGGGAGAAGCAGACUCCCUGCCGAGCAGGGAGCCCGAUGCGGGACUCGAUCCAGGGACUCCAGGAUCAUGACCUGAGCCGAAGGCAGUCGCUCAACCAACUGAGCCACCCAGGCGCCCGAACUUUCAAGUUCUAUAGUUCACAAGCUGGCUUUCCAUUUUUUUAAAACGUCAAAAAUCUGCAUGGCUCUUUUAUUCUUACCCAAAUUUCCUCUAAAGUUCCUCAUGUAUUUAUUUAAAAAUUAAAAUCUCCCUGAAAUUUGGUUCCUGUGAUUUGACAAACGGUAAUUUGUCUAAAAAAAAAAAAAAUUAAAGGGAUGCCUAGGUGGCUCCGUAGGUUAAGCAUCUGCCUUCAGCUCAGCUCGUGAUCCCAGCAUCCUGGGAUGGAGCCCCUCAUGGGGCUCCUUGCUCAGUGGGGGGCCUGCUUCUCCCUCUCCCUCUCCCUCUGCCUGCCGUUCACCCUGCUUGUGCUCUCUCUCUCUCUGACAAAUAAAUAAAAUCUUAAAAAAAAUUAGAACCACAACCCCAGAGAUAGUCUUAGAGGUGACACUUUUAUUAAAAUAUAUAUUUCAUCCCUCCCACUUGCACUCAGAGCUGGAUUAACUCAUUUUCCUGUUAUAUUUACAAACCUUCAAGCUACUGAAGAAUCCAUGGCAUUUAUCUUUUUUGACAACAGUCAUCGUAUGUCACCAAAACUAAAAUGCCAAGAUGCACUUUUAUUUUAUGUAACCAAGUAAGAAAAACACACAUUCUGAUUUCAGAGAUGUUGUGAUAUAAGAAAAAAAUGUGCAUUUUAUAAUCUGUAAAAUGUAAUCUGAGCAGAAGCAGAGCCUGACAGUAUUUUCCCUGAGGACUCUUCAUUCCUUUCAAGAGUGAAACUGGUUGGUAUGCAAUUCAAGAAGAAUAAAGGAAAACUAGUUAGUUGAGAGAGCUGGUGGGCUGAAGUAAGAGUCCUGAGAAGAGGAAAAAAGAUACAGAGUAGUUGAGAGCCACUGAACAUUUUCUCCAGAGCGAGCAGGAAAAUGAGGACACUUAGUUUCCCCAUAAGCCCAGGUACAUGGGAAAGAGAAUUGUAAGCACUGUUCUUGUUCUUGUUGUUUUAAUUAUGAGGGUUUUUUUAAUAUAUAGUUAAAAUUUGGGGCACCUGGGUGGCUCCGUGUGUUGAGCAUCUAACUCUUGGUUUCGGGUCAGGUCCUGAUCUCAGGGUUGUGGGAUCGAGCCCCAAGUGGGGCUCCGAGCUCAGCACAGAGUCUGCUUGGGAUUCUCUCCCUCUUCCUCUCCCUUGCCCCCUCCCUCUCUCUCAAAUAAAUAAAUAACAUCUUUAAAUAUAUUUAAAAUUUUAGUGUACCCCCCACCAGAAACCAUACUGGUGAGUCAACAACAAUCUUAAAAAGGCUCCCUAAUAAACAGGACCUUGGCAUACUUGACUUUCUCCUUCUCUGACAAAGGGGCAGUGGUCAGAGGCCAUGAGAUGGGGAAAGUCAGCUGGGCGAGUGGGAGCAGAGACAGCCAGUGCCAGAAUCAGGAGAACCAGCCAGAGGCCCAGUGGUUGACCAACCCUCCCUCACCUCUCCACCAGAGGCAGGGAACAACAUCUUCCAGGAGAAAGCAGGGCCCGGGUAUCCUGACAUCUGGCUCUCCCUUGACUGAGCUCCCCCCAUCCCAGAGCCAGUCCUUCAGGCUCGGGAAACUGCCCAGUCUUUACAGAACAAACUGGAAUCAGGUGUGGAAGUUAAGGAGGCAAGGAGGUUAAGAUUUCACUCCACUGUAUCACAGUAACAGAUGACAAAGCCAUCCAAGUACCAGCAAGGUGACCAGAAGUGGUUGGGGGAGGGGAGAGGGUAGGGAGGAGGAAAGGAAGAGAAAAAAAAUGACAUAGCUUGCAAGGAGUCUUACUAAAAAAAUCAUAUGACUCCUGGGUUAGGAGAAAAUUUCUUCCAAUAGCCUUAUAUCCUACAACUUGAUAAAAAUAUGAGUUCAAUAGAAUAAACUCAAAGACGAGACUAUUUUAAAGUGGGAUGGAACAGGAGAUUGCAGACUUAAGGGGGUAAAUUGAGCACCAUGGGAACAUAAUCACAGAAGUCAGAAGUAAGAAUAGAUGCUGCUGAAAGUAAAAGCAUUUUUAAUAGAGAAAAGGUUUGAUUCAAGCCAGUGAAUGCAAAUGAAAAGAAAGAUCAAGUUAAUUAGGAAGAAUCUGAUGUGGAAGAUAAACAAAGCACGACCAAGCAUUAGGAUAACUGGGAUCCCUGAGAUACAGAAACCAACAAAUGGGACAGAAAAUGCAUGUAAAGGUAAGAGAAAAGAAAAUUUCUUGAAAUGAAGAAAAAAUGGUCUCUAGGCCAAAAGAACAUUUUCCAGGAAAUUGCCACCUUCCAGGAGAUUUUCCUAUGGGAAUGCUCAGCAGCAAGAUACCUAAAACGAUUUAAAAAAUGUUUUAAAAGGACAGAAUUAUUUAGGAAUCCAAGAAGAAAAAGUAAACAAAAGAGGGGCAAACCAAAUCAAGCUGGCCUCAGACUCUCUAGUGCUUAAAUGCUAGAGUAUGGGGGUGCUGAGAAGUGUUCUAAGUGGAGGACACUGUCCCCAGGAGGGCAUUUUAUCCAGCUAAGAUGUCAUUCGAGGUAAAAGUCAAUUGACAGACCUUCUCAAAUAUGAAAGAGCCAAGGGAAUUCAAGACCCAAUGAGCCCUCUUUGGGGAAAAACUGCUGGAUUAGAAAAAUCCAGCAAAUUAGCAAAUUAAAAGAGAAAUCAAAAUAAAGAACCCAAGCGUAGAGAACUCAUGCUCGAAAGGAUUGUUGGUGACUAUUGAUUGAAAUGCAGAAUUAAUGCCAGACAGCUUUGGAAUUGUAGGUAGAAUAAAAUGUGAUUAUUAUAUCAAUCUAGACAUGAUAAACAAUAAAGCAAAAAAAAAAAAGAAAGAAGGAGGUAGGGAGGAAGAUGGGAGGAAAAGGAGAAGAGUAAAUUUCUCUAGUUUGAAAGCAUGGAUCAAUAAAUAUGGUUUAAUAGUAAAAGAUGCUGUGAACAGAUAAUCCCCCAACUUCCUAAUUCUUCUUCUAUAACUUUUUUUUUUUUAAACAUUAGUAGGCUAUCUUAGGAAGUUAUUCUUUCCUAAAGAGAAAAAUAAUUCAAGUUGCCACAAUUCCUUCAGGUUUUUUUUUUUACCCCAAGUACAGUUAAAUUUAGACAGAAAUGCUGUCUGUGUGUGUGUGUGUACGUGCAUGCAUGUGCACGCAUGCAUGUGCAUAGAAAGAUCUCUGGGAUUAUGUUCACCUGUUAAUGAUGGAAAUAUCUGGAUGCUGGAAUUUGCACUUUUAUACAUUCUUAAUUUUUUUAAUGAGCACACAGAAGAAGUGCUACAGAAACAAGAAAGACAUUUGAAACAUCAACUAAAAACAAACAUGCCAAGAUAUUAACAAUGGUUGAUGCUGGGCGGCAGAAAUAAGGAUGCUUGUUACUUUCUCCUUUCUACUUUUUUGUAAUUUUUUCCUAAUUUCCGGGGGGGGUGGAAUUACAUAAUUGCAUUUGUGUAAUAUUUCUGAAUCCAGUCCAUUCAUUACUCAUUGGCGACCAAAGAGAGACCCUUAUGUUCUCCACCAGGAGACAGGGAGGCAGGCUCCCUGAGGGCUGUCUGUCUGUUUAGGAGGAGUUGGAAUUCAGGCAAGCAUUACUUCACCCCAUAGGGUCCAACUGAGCAGAGUCCUGAAAAUCAGCCAUGUUGAGGGAUCAGAGACAAGGGUCGCUCCAGGAGGAAUGGGGAGGAGAGCCAGAGCUGGGUGAGAGGCACCCCGAGCUGGGUGCUUGUGCAGGGCAUUGGCUCCUGGGAAAGCUGGGGAGGCUGAGGACAGCCUUGAAUUCAACCCAGGGCGCUUGAUGCCUUGUUAGAGGACAGUGAGCCACAGACCGUGCAGGGCCUGGAGCAAAACAGAAAUGCAGAACCCCCAUGUUUACAGAGCAAGAGGUACAACUGAAGGCCCUAAACUAUAAAGCUGUUUCUUGUCUUCCAUUGUCUCUGUCUCUCAACUUGUCACUUGCAUAUUUACCGUUUAAUGUCGUCCUGAGUAAAAAAAAAAAAAAAAAUUACAUUAAUAGGAAUUUCCCCCAUUCUACUUUAUAUUGUGCAAAACCAGAUCUAAGAGCAUUUCAUUCGCAUGGGGGAAUCAUUGAAUUAUACAAUUGGCAUCUCAGGGAACAUUUGGAGAGGGCACCUCGAACUAGCCAGAAGAGACAAACGCAGGCCAAACUCAGGAAGGAGAAGGGGGUUCCCCAGGCACACAGCCCCAGAAACAUUCCCUUAUGCCCAGGGGUAUGGUAGGGGCCAGUGCAGCUCCCGGCAGGUGCCCAAUGCCACUCCGCCCCUUGCGACUCUGGGCACAUGUGCCUUAGGGCCUGAGGGAUGCUGGGAUCCCCCUCCUGCUAGCCGCCCUGCACCCCAGUUUGGGGUGGGCUCUGGGGAAGUCCAGCCCUGAAUCCCUCCUGCCCAAGGACCUGCUGUCUCAACCCACUGCAUACUAGCAAUGUCCAAAGGUCUUUAAACCUCUGCCCUUGGACAUGCUAGGUACCUGGAUCAAGGCUGACCUAGAUGCCCACCCCCACCAGUCCAGCUAGCUGCCCCCCUGGGUGAGGCAGGGCAUGGCCAGCCUGGGGGAAGGGCAGCUGGCCCCCUCCUGUCUAACACACCAGGAGGGCAUCCAGGCAACACGAUGUGACCCAGCUGCCAUCCCCACACCAAGUUCAUCAGGGUAGAGAGAGAGGCCAGACAGGGCCUGGGACCCCAUCCCACAGGGGAAGGGGGGCGAGACCAAGUGUGAGCUGAGGCUACCAGCUCACCGUGUGUCCCGCUGUCCCAUCAGACUUCACUAACAAAACACAAGUUCAAAGAUAAAAUUAUUAAGAAUUUCAGGACAGCCACGGGAGAGCAGUAAAGUGAGUGUGGAUCCCUUCUGCUUGUGAGACCCAGGACCCCAGGACGGGGUGGUGGGGGAGGAGCGAAGCCAGCCCUGGCUGGCUAGGAGAUGAGAGUGACAAUAGCUAUGCUUUAGGAAGGCUGAUUGGUAAUCAGGGAGUUUCCAGGCACUUAAUUAAACAAUUCCAGGCAGGAUGCAGAGACAGGAAAACAGAUUUUCCCAACAACCAGGAAUCUAGUUAUUAGACAUUGGGUUGGAAGUGGGGUAUGGGUCAUCAGGAACAAAGAAGCAGAGGAGACAUCCCCUGGCCCAUAGAGGGUGAGGGACUUAUAAUUGUGUAAUUUUGUGUGUGUGUCCGCCGCGGAAGAAACCAAGUGUUCUAUAGAUGCGAACAAAGAUGAAGAUGUACCACCAUCAGGAAAAGACAGAGGGGCGAGGGGCCACAGGGCAGAUGGUCAAGUGCAAGGGAGUGUCUCUCCCCACCCUUCCAUGUGGCAUUCUACACUCUAGAUGUGCCCAGCAUCUUAGGGAAUGUCCACAACCAUGCAGGCCCUCUGCUGGGGAGUAAAGGUGGUAGACAAGGUCACACGUCACAACGAUCUCUAUAGAUGUUCUAAAUGGGCACAGUAUAGUGGGGUAAUUUAUAGGCAGAGGUGCCUAGACAUCUCAUGGGUGGUGGAGUCUUCAGCAGGGACAGUAGUUUUAACCUGGAAUGUCUUGGAUUCCUCCAGGAGAGCACCUUGGGUGGGACCUGUUACCCUGAUAAUCAAGAGGACUUUCUUAAUUUAUUUUGAGCUCAAACUCAAGUCUGCCACUUUGUGGUCCUUUUUCAGUUUUCACUUGGGGCUUGAUGUUGCUACAGUGUUGGGGGGGACAGAACACCCAGAAUCGAUAGGGCCCAGUUGCUUGGGUGGAGACAAAAGCCCCAAGGCAGAGAAGGAACAAGGCCCAUUGAGGGGCAGGGGGGAGAGGGCUCCAUAAAAUUCACGAAGAAUUUCUCACCGUAGAGUGAGGAACACUUUCGGACUAUGACUCAAAAUGCAGAUGCCAAGAAAGAAAAUAGCUUUAAAUCUAAAAACCUAUAUAGAACUCAGAAACUAAUGCAUGAAUUUUUUUUUUUUUUUUAAGCCAGCAUGAGGGACACCUCGGUGGCUCAGUUGGCUAAUCAUUUGCCUUCAGCUCGGGUCAUGAUCCCAGGUUCUUGGGAUCAAGUCCCUAUAUAUAGGGCUCCUUGCUCAGCGGGGAGUCUGCUUCUCCCUCUGCCUGCCACUCCCCCUGUGUUCUCUGUCUCUGACAAAUAAAUAAAAUCUUAAAAAAAAAAAAUCAGUUUUCUGAUUCAUAUUUUUUAAAAAAUAAAAUAAAAUAAAAAAAUAAAGCCAGCAUGAGCAAAUCAAAGGGCGGGUUGACAACAGAGGGGGAAAAGACAAAGUGAUUUGUAUCAUAGACAAAGGGCCAGUUUCGCUCAUAUUUUAAAAGUUCCUGCAGACAAACCAAUAAGAAAAAAAGCUUCAACUCAGUAGAAAAUGAGCAGAGGUACAAACAGUUAACAAGAAAGGAAAUGCAAGUGACUCUUACAUGUAUGAAAACAGACACUAACUCAGAAUAAGAGAAAUAUAAAUUUGUAUUAGUCUGAAGAACAUUUUUUAUUUAUGAAUUUGAUUUUUAAAAGUCCAAGAGCGGGGCGCCUGGGUGGCUCAGUUGGUUAAGCAUCUGCCUUCGGCUCAGGUCAUGAUCCCAGAUCCUGGGAUCGAGCUCCGCAUCGGGCUCCCUGCUCAGUGGAGAGUCUGCUUCUCCCUCUCCUUCUGCCCCUCCCCCUGCUCAUGCUCUCUCUCAAAUAAAUAAUCUUAAAAAGAAUAAAAUAAAUAAAAAAUCCAAGAGCUUGAUGGCAGCCUCUGUGAAGAGCUUGUGGCGGAAGGAAAAAUUCUCACAUAUCACAGGUAGUGGUGCACGUCAUACAGCGAUGAGGGCAAGAGAGUGGCCAUUUCUAUUCACAUUACAAGUGCAGAGCCCCUCUGUGUCAGGUGUCUUCCAUCUACCCCUCCAGACCCAGCCUCCCCACUGUCACCCCUUACUUUGCUCUGGGAUCCUGUCUUGUUAGGGUGCAGCUACCAGCGCCCUGGUCCUAUGACUUCUGAUUGGGAUCAGCCAGUGACGAGCCCCAAGUAAGAGAAGGGAAGAAAAACAGUGAAGGGUAUUUACCCUCCCAUCCCCUGCCACUUCCCUGCACUAUCCUUUUGGGCUCUCACAGGAUUUCCUCCUCCCAAAUUCCAGCACCUUCCCUUUGCCCAAGCGCCACUGGGUAACGGCCCCACUGUUAUUAGCUCCAGGUACUAUCUUCUUCCUUUUUGUUUGCCUACAUCCUGCUCACACAUUUGUAAAUAGUCCCCUGAUUAAAGUCUUUCUCAAAAUAUCCUAAUUCAAAUAUCUUUUUCCUGCUGAGACCCUGAGUGGUAUGACCUUUUGCCUGUAAUCCUACUCCUGGAAAGUUUUUCUACACUUAGACUUGCACACAUGCAGAAUGACGUGUGUCCAGGAUAAUCCAUUGCAGAAAAGACUGGAAGCAACUCAGACAUGUAUCAUGGGGCCUGAUUACCUAAAUGGUAGUGUGUCCAUAGAGUAGACUACGCAACUGCUUUUUAAAAAAACAAGGAAAUGCUCUUGGGUGCUGAUGUCAAAAGAUCUCCCAAAUAUAUAUCGUCAAGUAGAAAAAGCAGGAGUAGGACAGGGAAUGUAUAUCUUAUCUCUUGUGUUAAAAAAGGGGGAGAAAUGAUAUAUAUUUGGUUUUGCUUGUGCUUAAAGAUAUUCUGAAGGACUCAUCAAAGAAUGAAUAAAAGUAGUUUUCUGAAGGAAGCAAGACCCUUUGCUAUUUACUUUUGUGUGUUUUUGGAAACAGAUAACUCUGUUGCCUAUUCCAAAGUUAAAUUUAAAACUUCUCCCUGGGGGCUCCUGGGUGGCUCAGUUGGUUAAGCGUCUGCCUUAGAUCCCAGGGUUCUGGGAUAGAGCCCCACAUCAGGCUCCCUGCUCAGCGGGAAGCCUGCUUGUCCCUCUCCCCUCUGGUCAUGCUCUUUCUUGCUAUCGCUCUCUCAAACAAAUAAAUAAAAUCUUAAAAAUAAAAAUAAAAUAAAAUAAAUAAAACUUCUCCCUGACUAGACAGGAAAUUGGUCCCAGGUCCGGCUCCCAGGAGGGCAAAGGAAUCCUAGAAGUGGAAACAUCCUGCUCCUUUCUUGUCCUGUCUUCGUCUACUUUUAUCUUUGUCACUUAAUUACAUGCUUUAGCAUUGGGAUCACCUAAUAUCGAUUUCCUUUCAGAUGUGAAAGUAAAGAAAAGACUUAAUAACCAAGAUGCUUUGGAGCCAGAAUGCUUCCCCGAUUAGAUCACAGAACCUGUGUCUCGUGGUGUGUAUCAGCCUUGUGUUUGGUGUGUUAUCUUCGUUGCCUGAUUUAUCAGAUAAAUCUUGCACUUUCAAGGUGACGUUACACAAUUUCCGGGUCAUCUUAUCGUGGGAAUUAAAAAACCAUUCCAUUGUACCAGAUCACUAUACAUUACAGUACACAGUUAUAAGUAGACCAGACCAUGUGAAGAUUGUGGAGCACUGUUCAAAUAUCACAGCAUCAUUCUGUGACCUAACAGAUUUGUGGGAGGUCCUGCCUGAGACGUACGCCGUCACAGUUGAUGGAUUCAGAGGGAACACAACGCUGGUCACGUGUUUCAUCGAUUUCUUCCUGGCAACACACAUAUCUUUAGAACCACCAGAGUUUGAUAUUGUUGACUUUACGGACCACAUUAACGUCAAUGUGAAUUUCCCACCUGUCAUUCCCAAGAUACUAGAUGGAGAAGUAUUACAGUUUUACUUAUCACUCAUCAUCGAAGAACAGUCAGGGGGGAUUGUCAAGAAGCAUAACCCCACACUAAAUGAAAACAUCACUGGAAAUUUCACUUACGUCAUCGACAGGUUACUUCCAAACACAAACUACUGUAUAUCUGUUUAUUUUAAGCCUAGAAAUCUGGGAGCAAUCCAUAGAUCUCCAGUAAAAUGUACCCUCCUUCAACCUGCACAGGACACAGGGUCAUCAGAAUCUGCCAAAAUAGGAGGAAUAGUUACUAUGUUUUUCAUAGCUGCUGUCUUCAUAAGCACCAUAAUAAUACUGAAACGGGUUGGUUAUAUAUGCUUAAGAAGUGAUUUCCCCAAAGUUUUGAAUUACAACUCGUCAGCCUGGGUAUUCCCUGAGAUGCCACCAGUGGAAGCAGUGGCUUUCGUGGAGGUGAUUCACGUUAACAGGAAGAAGAAGGUGUGGAAUUACAAUUACGACGACGAGAGUGACAGCAAUGAUGAAGCCACAGACCCUGUGACAAGCACCGGUGGCUAUACCAAGCAUGGGCUAAUGGGUGGGCUUCUCCGUCCCACCUCUGCCUCCUUGGCCACGUGCGGGGACUGCCUGGAGCCCAACACUGAGGAGGCUGACCUGUCUGAGCAGGACUCUGAGCCGCUGAUGACACCAGGGCCCUGCCCCAGGUGGUCGGAAUGCGCAAGUGGGGCCUACAAGGGGGGAGGGAAGCUGCUACAGGACCCCCUUUCCGAGGAGGACAGCAGCUCCAUGGAAGAGGCUGGGGACAAAAUUACCUUCAAUGUAAAUCUAAGCUCUGUGUUCGUGAGCGCCCUCGAUGAUGACUCAGAAGUCCCUCCAGGGUUACCAAGUUUUCCAGAAGAGACGUUCGACCUCGAGGAUUCCCAUCAACUGGAAACAGGUUUUCUGGCGGCCCACGGGGAAGGGACACAGCCACCCUCCCCCACCCCCUCUGCAGAGUGCCCGUGGCCUGAAGAUGUGCUUUCUGAUAAAAGUGACAGUUCUGAGUCAGAUGUUGACAUCAGGGACGGCUAUAUAAUGAGAUGAACCCCCAGAAUAUUUAAUGAACGUGGAAUGACCAAUACCUUCAUGGUUUCCCCCCCUGCACUGCCACUUCUCCCUUGUGGUCUGCAAUGUUCCCAGGGAAAGUGUUGGAGACUUCGGCUGGCUCCUCCGGGGCGGGGGGGCGGGGGGGGGGGGGUUCCUGGUGAUGGCAUCUAUGCAAAUUACCAGUGUGGGAGAGGAGUCGGAACCGGAACCAGACCUGCGGAUCCUUCAGUGCCUUGUUUACAUGUGGUUUGCAGGGGUGGUCCAGGGCCCUGCAAGAUUUCUGGGAAAUAAUGAAAUUAGCCAGGGUGGGAGUGGGGAAAGAAAAGAAAGACACUCAGCGGGGUUCUGAGCAGGUGCAGGAGCAGUCUGCAGUGUUGAGUCCAGCAGGCUCAAGGAAGGAGCCAGAAAGCAGGCAGGAAAAGAGAAGGAAGGGAAGGCAGCCGGAGGGAAAGGCAGGGGACCCACAAAGAAACAGAAGCACAUCUUGGAAGGAGGGAAGGUCCAGCCCAGUCUAGGGCUCCUCCCACAUGUAGUAUUCUGUCAUCUACACUCAGAGAAUUUGGCUCUCGGCCACUUGGCCAGCCCUCCUCAAUCUGAGUGAGGAAGACAAACUCACACACAUCAGUAACUCUAGCGUCAGGCAGGUGACUAAUAGGAAACAUUUGCAUGAGAGAGGGGGAUAGAAUCUCAGUGCCAAAUUUUAAAAUAAAAAAAAAAAAAAACGAGAACAAAUGGAAAAUUGUUUCAAAGUCUUCAGAAGAGAUAAGUCACAAAAUUUCUGGAGAGCCUAUUUAACAAUUUAAGAAGUGAUGUGUGCACUGAUUCCAAGUGUCCUAUGUGUGACCAAAGUUCCUGUGUUGGAGGGGGAGGGAGGGAAGUUCUAGAACAUCAUGUAGCAAACCACACAAGAACUGGGACUCAGGUCUGACUCUGCUGCUCUUUCCCUGUGUGACCCUGGGUACUUUGCUUAGCCUCUCUGAGACUCAGUUUCUUCAUUUAGGAAAUAAAGGGAUUGGACUAGGUAAUCUCCAAGAUCCUGUGGUGCUAGGAGAAAUAUUAGAAAAUACAUAGGAAUGAAGACUCUGGUGGAGGUGCUACAACCCUGAGAAGCCCCCAGGGUGAACCAACUCUAUGGGACCUCCUAUCUCAUUCCCCUUGCCCCAAGAGCAGGCUUCUCAGACCUUUCUUCUAGAUCAAUUCAAAAGGGGGAAAACAACUAUUAUGCGUCCUAGUUCAAGGACUUUGAAGAGAUUGUUUUUAUGACUGUUCAAAAGUAACUCAAAAGAGGGAUGUGAGAGGAGAAGGGAUUAUUUAAUGACAUGAUGAAAUUCCAUAGGAAGGGGACCUUUUCGUGUGACCAGUUCAAUUCUCUGCCCUCUUAAAUCAUCUCUCAUAUUUUGAAAGCUUUCCAGAGUGAUCUUUUGGAAUACCCUUUUUAUAGCUUUUAUGCGUGUGUGUGUUUUAUAUUUUGUAUAAUUGAAGCUGGUGAAGGAUAAAUACUUUUUAAUAAAACUUGGUUAUGUCCUCA